AUGUACGGUCAAGUGACUGGAGGCUACGCAAGUGCGACCGUCGAUGGCGGAGUAGAACAUGAGAAUGGAUCUUCUGUAGCAGAAUGGGCUCUCACUAGCCCUGGCAACGUCGACUAUAACGCACUCCAGGAUUUCGCAUUUAACGGACUUAUCGACGGUGCAUUGAUUGCAAAAAGCAUUAUCAAGACUUUCUACCACUCUCCCCCUACGUAUUCGUACUGGGAUGGCUGCUCUCAAGGCGGUAGACAGGGUUAUCUUUUCGCACAAAGAUUUCCAGACGUUUUUGAUGGAAUCGCAGCAGCCGCGCCCGCCAUCAAUUGGAGUCCAUUCUUCUUUGCCGGAACGUACCCUCAUCAAGUGUUCUACGAACUCAACGCGACUGGUUUUCCGCACCCCUGCGAGUUUGAAGCUCUUGAGAAAGCUGCUAUAGCGGCUUGCGAUGGUCUUGACGGGUUGAUUGACGGGUUGAUCUCGGAUCCAGACAAGUGCUACAUCGAUCCACGAACGCUGGUUGGAUCCGCAGUUAACUGCAGUGCAACUGGUGGGCCUUCGACUAUAUCGGCUAAUGCUGCCAUAAUUAUGGAAGCGGUUUGGGAGGGGCCUCGUACGCAAAAUGGGUCCUUUCUUUGGUACCCAGCAGGCUAUGAGGUAAACGGCGGUUCACUAGAAGCUCCUGGUCCCGAAAUCAUCGGCAGCACCUGCAACAACGGCACCUGUACGCCCCUGAGAGCUACACUGUUUACGGAUUGGAUCAAGUAUUUUAUCGAAAAAAACCCGGACUACAAUUUGAACAAUAUGACCCGCGCUGAGUGGGUGGAAGAUUUCGUAGCAGGAGAGCGGGAGUACAAAUCUAUCAUUAAUACUGAUUUUCCGGAUCUUAGCGGGCUUCGAAGAUCAGGAGGGAAGCUUCUUACAUGGCAUGGACUGGCAGAUGGGGCAAUACCAUACGGAGGAACGCGCGAUUACUUCGACCGGGUAUCUGUUCUCGAUCCUGAGUUAAGAGAUUACUACCGCUAUUUUGAAGCACCAGGCGCGCGUCACUGCAUAGAUGGACAAGGCGGUUCUCCACAUGAGACAUUCCAAGCUUUAGUUGAUUGGGUUGAGAAAGGCAUUGCACCCGAGACACUUACUGCCCGGAACGCGGAAGACAAAGAGCGUCUGCUUUGUUUGUAUCCAAAGAAAGCCGUGUUCAAAGGUAAUCCUUCGGAGUAUACCGCUCAAGACUUCGUGUGCGAAUAG